AUGUUUAAGUGGCACAUACAAUCGGCUGUGGGCCGCAGCAGGCCGGUUGCCAAUGAUUUGAAAGUCGUUUCAGAUGGCAUCGCAGCCUCUUUACGACAGUUCCAUGCCUCGGCGUCUCAGGCAGAGGUUGAGAAACCUAGACCUCCCGUUCGCACUCUUCGCAUAACCCGCACCGCAACCGCGACGGCCGAGCUCUCGUCCCUCAAGCCCUCCAAGCCCCGUGGCGUCGACGCCCGCUCCCUCGCUGCGGCUCCGCCACGAACCCUCAACAUCUCUCGCACUUUUAACGAUACACCUCAACGAGGAGGCUUUCAAGCCCGUGGACGAGGCGACUUUGUCCCUAGAGGCCGCGGCGGAUCUGGAGAUCGUGGACGAGCCGGCUUCGUUCCCAGGGGCCGCGGCGGAUUUGGCGCCGGUGGACGCGGCGGCGCUAUGUCCCGUGGACGUGGUGGCGCUACUGCCCGCGGACGUGGAAGGGGAGGUGCGAGGGGCGGCAGGGGCAAGAAGUCCCAAGGACCGAAACGAGAAGCUGAGGAUUAUGAGGACGUGCCGUUGUCCCCUGAGGAAUUAGCAUAUGAGGCUGCAAGGGAUAUGGGGGUCCAGAGGGCUGCGAAUUCGGGUACAACAACACAUGUGAACCUGGAAUAUAAUAUUCCUAGUCUAGCAACAGGCUCGGCGCCUCUGGGACUAGUGGAGACGGUACGGGAUCAUAUAAGGAAGUUGACAGGGCAGCAUGGGAAUGAGCUGCUGGAUGCACAUGCUCAUGCGGACCAGUACAACCACGGACAGGGCACUUUGUUUCUUGAUGAGGCAGAUAAAAACAGUAUUCUGGGCCCGAACUACGCUGAAGGCACCCCGAGGGAGUAUAAGACUAUUAGCAAAGAGGAGAGGGAGGUUAUUAUGAAGUCAUUGGUUGGAGGCCAAUAUCCAAGUCUGGCCCCACCUAAGGCGAACGACAUAUUGGCAGGAGUGGAGAUCAAGGGGAACAUGAAUCCUACAUACUUGCCUGCGGAUACUGCGUCGCUGAAGGGAAAGGUACAGCAACUUCUGCCGGUUUUAAAACCAAAGAAGAGCGCGCCGGCAAAGGCGGGUGCUCGGGCUUGAAACUGGGCUUAGGCUUGUAUUAUAUAUAGAAGUUCGGAU